AUCUGCUAAAACCGUAAAAACAAGGUUAUGUAAAACACAACAAAAGAACUUUAAAACAGAAAUAUUACAUAUUUUUUAGAGAAAUUUGUAUAAAAAUUAAAUAAAUAACAUAAAAUAUGGUGUCUCCAACUUUGGCCUUGUGUGUAAGAUCCCGAGGACCCGAUGAAUUUUGGCGUAAACGUAAAAUUUUCAAACUGGCUGCGCACUUUCGUGGACGCAGAAGGAAUGUUUUCUCCAUUGCAGUGCGUAAUGUACACAGGGCUUUGGUUUAUGCCACCAAAGGCAGGAAGUUGAAGAAAUUGGAUAUGGCAGCGCUAUGGACCACCAGAGUACAAGCCGGUUGUGAACAAUAUGGUGUUACCUUGGAUGCCUUCAAAGAGAGUUUAACACGCAGCAAUAUUUUGUUAAAUAGGAAAAUCUUAUCAGACUUGGCUAUUUGGGAACCUCGUUCUUUUGAGGCUUUAGUUAAGCUAUCACGCGAAAGAGCUGUAGUGCAAUCAUUGCCCGGUAUUAAUGAAAGAUCUGUUAUGAAUCAAGUAUACGGUUUAGCUAAUUUGCAAAUAAAAUAAUCUGUUCAGUUUCAUACA